AAGAGAUCUACUCAGGAUGAUUCCACCGGCUCCUCCUUCGCCAUCGAAAGUACCAAUCGGCAGUGACAGUGGUCUCGGAUUCGGCAAUAGCUGUCAUCGAAUGACAGCCGUUGUUGGCGAUUUUCCCGCACUGCUAGCGCACGAGAUGUACGCCCGGCUGCAGAAGAUGUCGGACCAGUACAAAUUGGACCUUUCCGCAGAGGACGUUUUAAUUAGUGCUUAUCUUGGCAACAACCUUUUCUAUCGGAAUCCGGAGCCAUCAUCAGCCUCGACAACAACAAAAACAGAGCCAGGAACAACAACAGCCAUCACAGCUUCCGAACUCGUUGGAAACUAGCUGACUUGGGCGAUUGUUUGUAACUAGUUUUCAGCUAUUCUGCUGCUGCUGCCUUCAGCAUGAACGUAUAUCGGAAGUACAUCGGAGCAUUAAAUAGGAUGUCAGAAUUUGCGCAACAAGAGCUCCAGUAGCAGCAACAACAGCAAACAC